AUGGGUUUUUUGGAGGCUCUAGUAAUUCAAAGAGUCGCGACGAUCUUCUUCUGUAUCUUCUAUUCACCUCCAACCAAAGCAAGGCAAAAGAAGGCAGUAAGGAUCUUUCCAAGGCCUACUGCUGGACCUCUUCGUCCGAUUGUCCAUGGCCAGACUUUGAAGUACAACUUGAAGUUGAGAGCUGGCAAGGGUUUCACUCUCGAAGAGCUUAAGGCUGUUGGUAUUUCAAAGAAACUUGCACCCACAAUCGGUAUUGCUAUCGAUCAUCGCUGUAAGAACAGAUCUCUUGAAGGUUUUCAAGCCAAUGUUCAGAGGCUUAAGACCUACAAGGCCAAACUUGUUGUCUUCCCAAGAUGCCCUUGCAAGUUCAAGUCUGGUGAUUCUACUGCUGAAGAGCUUUCAACUGCAUCCCAAGUCCACGGACCGUAUAUGUCUAUUUCUCUUGAGAAGCCUUCGGUUGAGCUUGUGAAGGUCACGGAAGAGAUGAAGUCGUUCAAGGCCUAUAACAAGCUGCGCGUGGAACAAAUGAACGAGCGCCACAUUGGUGCCAAAUUGAAGAAGGCCGCCGAGGCAGAGAAAGAAGAUAAGAAGUAAGUUUUGCCAUUUGGCUUUUGUCCAAAAUGACU